UCGUGAUGAUUGAGAAAAGUAAUUCAGUAGCCGACAUUUUAGAUAACAUAAUUUCAAAAAUAGAAAUAGAACUAGAACAGAAGUCAUCGUUACACAUAAACCAAUCGGAGUUCGAUGUUGCAUUAGAAAAAAGGAACGAAUUAUCAUCCGAUUCGGUGGACAUGAACUGUCGUAUUUGUUACGACCCUAACCAAGAACUACCUAUUAUAUACCCAUGCAAGUGCAAGGUUCGAGAGAACAGUGUAAAUAAAAAUUCAAUUACGCAAUAAAUUGGAGAACCAAGAAUUAAAAAUUUCUAAAGAUGCAGAACAUUGAACAUUCACACAGUUCUUUAUAUUGCUUUUAUUGUUUCAUCUUUAAUGAAUUAUAAAUAUUCCAAUUUAUGAACCGACUUCAUUUUUUCGAUCACAUAUAUUUGAAGAGCGUUUCAAUCGUAUAAUUACAAUAAUGAUAAUUUGGAUUAGGGAACGAUGGGCGCGAUUCAUCUGAAAUGUUUGGAGCGAUGGUUAGAAGAAAGCAAUAGGAAUAAUUGUGAAUUGUGCGGUCACGUGUUCCGGAUGGAACGAACGCCUCGUUACAAGGUUUUUUGGUCUGUCGUAAUUUGGUUGUGCCUGAAUCAGAACGAGCAUCAGAUAUAUGUCCGCAAUGUGAAGGCCGAUCUACUCAGAUGUCUUAUAGUCACCCCAGUGACCAUUGCGUGUUCCUAUAUCUGUGUAGUGGCUGCUGAUUUUUAUGCUAUGAAGAAUUACGACAAUUUUCCACCCGCGCGAUGGACCACCUAUUCCCUACUGUCAAUGAUGGCGCUACUAAUCCUGUCUUUCUUCGUUUGGAUCUACAUGGUGCUGCAAUAUCACCAAAAAGCAUGGUUUUACUGGUGGCAGAAAACCAGUAGCGUAAAAAUCGUCGACUUAAUGCCGGAAAAUAUCGCUUUAAUUAGAAACGACAGAUGUGACGUGCCACAAGUCUGACAAUAGAUGCCAAAGAUAAUA